AUGCAUGAACGUAUCGUGCACUUGGAGCGGCUGGUCAUGUCCCUAAUGGCAGAGUCCGGCAGACGACAGACUGUCCCGCCGAGCCACCUCCAUGCCCCUGGCCCUCGCCCGCCUAUGACCACCCCGGAUCCGGAGACUGCGCCGGGUGUGGGAGCCAUGGCCGAUGCCCAGUCCCAGGAUGCAUCGUUUGACGAACGGUCAGAAUGCGGCAGCAUGCAUGUCAGUGCCUCGGAAAUUCGCUACGUCAACGGAAACCACUGGGCCGCCAUCUUGGACAGCAUUGCCGAUCUGAAAGAACACUUUGACCGCGAAGAGCAACAUAGGCUGGUCAGCACCCCCGAUGAUGAGGAUCACGAUAGAGGCGGCUCUGAGACCCUACAUUCAUCGCUACUUUACGGUUCGGCCCGACCCAUGUCACGGGCUGACAUCCUCGCUGCUCUGCCUCCAAAGAGUGCUGUGGAUCGCUAUGUCUCCCGCUACUUCAACCUCAUUGACCUAGCCGCCUAUCUCUUCCAUGCCCCAACCUUUUAUGAGUCGUUCUGGAACAAUCAAUCCAGAGCUCCCAUCAUGUGGGUAGGCCUUCUAUACAGCAUAAUAUGCCUCGCUGUUAUCGCCUCGGGCGACAACGCCCCGGAACAGCGGGCUCUUCAGAUUGAUCUAUACCGCGAAAAAGUUGUCCAGGCUCUUAUCACCGGCGAGUAUACUCGUGCAAGCCCAUAUACCCUGGAGACCUUGAUUCAAUACGUGCAUAUCGAAUUUCUCACUCGUCCGGAUGCCGAGAAAGAUAUCUGGUUUUUGAUCGGUUUAAUCCAGAGCCUUGCCCGGCGCAUGGGUUACCACAGGGAUCCCAGCCACUUCCCCGGCAUAUCCCCCUUGCAAGGCGAGAUAAGGCGCAGGAUCUGGAUCACGGUUUUGCAGGGUGACAUCUUGAUCUCAAGUCAGAUGGGCAUGCCACGGCUGGUAUCGGAUUGGCAGUGCGACACGCUCGAGCCGCGGAACCUGAACGAUGCGGACCUAGAAGACGCGGCCGCCGAGCUGCCCCCAUCUCGGUUUGAGACGGAGCUCACACCGGCGUUGGAAUGCAUUGCGCGGAGGAGGGUAUUACUGGCCUUAGGGAAGGUGUUGGACCUUACAUCAUCGGUCAAGCCGCCGAGUUAUACCGAAAUAAUGCGCGUGGAUGGAAUUCUUACCAGGGCAUCUUUGAACAUUCCGCCUCGCUUACGGAUGAAGCCAAUGGCAGCUAGUGUCACUGACACGCCACAGGUUAUUAUGGCCAGAUUAUUCCUUAGCCAUAUACUUUACAAGGGACGCAUCCUUCUCCACCGCCACUAUCUCUUCGCUAAAUCUCCGCCCGCGGAGCACGACCCGUUUGUGCAUUCACGCAGGGCCUGUCUUGACGCAUGUCUUGGCACAUUGGAAAUUCAGAGAAUUCUGGACGAGGAGACGUGUCCCGGAGGCCAGUUGCGCGCGAUGCGCUGGCGAGUCACCUCCAGCAUGAACCAUGCCUUCCUCACGGCCACCAUGAUCCUGUGUGCAGUACUCCAUGGGGCCCAGGCGUCCGGAAGGGAAGAAGAGAUUACCGCUGCCCUGCGACGAACCAGGGCCAUAUGGAUGCGGGCCAGAAGCUGCUCGCGAGAGGCAAACAAGGCAGCGGAAGCGGUGAGCUUCGUGCUUGCUGCAGCUGCCAGGCGGUUGGACGAACCGCCAAGCAAUGAGGGGCUCGGGGAAUCAAUGGCAGGAGGCGGCAACACUGGCCAGCCCCCUUCAACGGUGGGAGAUAGUGACGUUGAAAUGAGCCUGGACGGACAGAAAACACUGGAGGAGUUCAUAGGCCUUGAUGCGACGAACCGGUUCAUCGAACCAUCACUACUGGGCACCUUCACGCCGCCGGGCCAACAUGAUCCGAGUCUAGCGUUUGACUUUGCAAACUUGGGCAAUGCGGACUGGAACGAAUAUAUCGCGGCCCUAGACAAACAGUACGCGGACCUGGAAGAACCGAUCAAUAGGAUGCCGCCCGAGGGUGCGCCAUCAAAUUGA